UCGCGAUCCGGAUACAAAGCAGCCAAGGCUUGUUGCUGAGAUCACGAUCAAUCAAAACAAGCUAUCGGCUAACAAAAUUGAUAAGGGGGCAGAUGUGGUGACCUUUUCUGCUACUAUGGUACCAUGCCAGAUCGUUUGUUUAGUUACGUUUGUAGUUAUUCAAGCUCUACAUGAUAAUGCCUUCGAAACAGAGUUUUCGUCCUUCGACGAAUUACUUCAGCGUCCAAACUUGGAAGAUGUUGAUUGCAUUGAACUUAGGUGGAAGGAUGGGAUGCUCUUGGACUCGUGGGCACAAGAAGUGUGUUGAUUGUCCUAAGCUAGAGAAGAAAGGGAAAAGAAAUGUGGAGGGCUAAAAUAC